CACGGUCGUGGUGGAGCGCGUAAAGUUGAGGUCUGUGAGCGCGUGCAGCCCAUGUAGCAGAGGCGCGUGCAGCGGACUGCCCUAUGAGCGCCUCGCUCGUGCUCAGCCCUCGCUGGCACGCGGACACGGUGAUGUUUGUGUACGACAAUAACCUGGACGAGCUCAACAAGAACAUGGAGGGCUUCCCCACGGCAGCGGCCACGCAGUGCCGCAACAUCAUGGCGCACUCCGCGGCUCUGGGUGGGCACCCAUCCGGUCUUGUGCACUCCUCCGCGGGAUAUCCAACCGUGGAAGUGUCGGCUUCCGGUUCCAGUGACAGCAGUGCCGUCACGGGGAAGCAGUGUACCGCGGGACCAUGCGCCGCCGCGGUGCCUCACCAGAGCUCCUCCGCCGCCACCGCUCUACCGUACAGUUACUUCAGUAACGGCUACUACCCAUGUCGCAUGAGCCGCGGGGCGCUCAAGUCCUGCACGCAGGCGGCGGGAGCUCUCAGCUCCCAGUACAUGGACACCCCCGUGAGCUCCGAGGAGUAUCCGAACCACCGCGCCAAAGAGCUGGCCUUCUAUCACAGCUACCCCGGCCCCUACCAGUCCAUGGCCAGUUACCUGGACGUGUCCGUGGUGCAGACGCUGGGCGCAGAGCCGCGGCACGACACUCUGCUGCCCAUGGACACUUACCAACCCUGGGCCCUGACCAACGGCUGGGGCGGUCAGAUGUAUUGCAAGGAGCAGGGCCAGAGCCACCUGUGGAAGAGCGCGUUAGCAGACGUGGUGGCGCAUCAACACGACGGCUCUCCCUUCCGCCGCGGCCGAAAGAAGCGCAUCCCGUACACCAAGGUACAACUCAAGGAGCUGGAGAAGGAGUACGCCGCCAACAAGUUCAUCACCAAGGACAAGCGCAGGAAGAUCUCUGCCGUCACCAACCUGUCCGAACGCCAAAUCACCAUCUGGUUCCAAAAUCGGCGCGUGAAGGAGAAGAAAUUCGUGGCCAAAGUGAAGACGAGCGCGCCGUAAUAUGGGAAAGCGCGCGUAAAAAAGCGUGCGUAAAAAGGACUGGUUUGGCGUCUCCAGAAUCCCCUCCCAAAAAAACAACAAAAACUGUAAAAUAUGAACUCUUGAAAUAUCACACUUGGGACACAAAAAUAGACAAUGUGAAAAGUGCCAAAGCGCGUCCCUGUGUGAUCUGUACAGCACUUGAGCCUGCGCUAUACAUGUACGUGUACGUCAGUAUCGUGUCUGUUUGUUUGUUCGUGUCUGUAGCCAUAGCAACCGUAUAUAUGCAUAUGUUUAUUACGCCUGUAAACGUGAGUAUAGUGUAUCACUUAAUAAACGCUGUUAUAC